AUGGACGAGUUUGGGUGGGAAUAUUCGUUCAUGUUCUCCAAAAAGUUCUCGUGGCAUGGUCCGAAAUGGUGGAACUCUUUCGUGCGUAGGAGAGCCUGGGUUCGAAAGCGAGUCAAGAAGAAGCCCGAGGAUGUCUCUGAAGACCCGCACAUGCUUAACAACGACUACUUCACCGUCACGCCUGCAAAUCACAGCCGCGCCUCUAGUGUUGGCAGCCGUCGGGAAAGCAUCAGCAAGGCGAGCAUGCAGACGAGCAUAGCGGAGGAGAAACCCGACAUCGAAGACGUGUGGACGCUGAUGGCAGUCCUGCGGGCCGCGCGAAUCGACCGAGAAAAGAUCGAAGCCGUUGAGAACUAUCUCGAGCAUGCCAAAGACAACCUCGAACACUUGCAGGAUGAAAUGCACGAUAUUAUGGGCAUCUUCGUAUUCCAAGCCUCAAGGAGACUGUUGCUCAGUCAUUUGACCAAGAUAUAUGAUGAGCAUGUCGCAACAGACGGAAAAGAAGACGAAUCAGGGGAGCUAGAGGAGAGGAGGAAGCACCUUGAGGCCGCAAUCAAGCAUGCCGACGAGGAAGUGAAGAAGUUAUCCUAUUGGAGCGACGUGAAAGGACUCGCUGAGAACGGCGAAGCAACGCACGCUGUCGAAGAGGGCGAAGGAUGGAACCAGAGCUGGCAAGGCGUAGAUCAGAGCGGGCCGGCGCAUGCGAAUUCAGGGGCAUUACCCGUGACGCCCAACAAGUAA